CAUGUAGACAAUGUUGUUAAAGUGUACUAUAUGCAAGCACCUAUAUUCGAAGCAAUGUAUGGUAACUUGUUUGGAGAAUUGGGUGGCUUCCACUCUGCAUUGGGAUUCUUUGACCAGACAACUGGUAUGAACUAUACAGCAGAGUAUGAUGCAUACUAUGAGGUACUCAAUGGAUCAUUCCCAAACAUUGUCGAAGUCAAUGGUACCAAGGAGUUACUUUGGUGUAACAAGGGUACCCUGUGCACAUUCCCAUCGGUCAACCUGACUUAUUGGGAUCCAAGCAUCUUCCCCAGUGCAUCAUUGACCUAUCUUUCAACAAUCAAUGGUGCAACAUUCAACAAGUUCAGUCAAUGGAUGUUAUCAUACAAUGACACCAACCCUAACUACCAGACUUGGGAUGUAUGGGACAGCUUUGGAGACAACUUGUACCUUCAGUCAUCAACUUGUGAUGACUUUGUAGUGGCUGGCGUCGAAUACCUUUAUAGUCUUGGUUCAACAUUUGAAUGUGAUACUGUAUUCAAGAGAGACUACAUCAAUAUCUACUCGAGCAAACCUGUGAUGAUAAGCUUCAAAGAGGAGAAAGAGGAUAUACUCAAGUUCUUUGAAGUGUUCCACUUCACCAAGGGAGAAUCAUUCAUUGAUGUGAUCAAGCAGGUGAUGUCCAUAUUCGAUCUCAAGAAGUACUUCUACGAUGACAAGGGCAACUACUAUCGACUUGAUCUCAACUUCCCCUAUGUCGACAUCAAGUAUGAGUUUGCCAAACUUCCUGGUUGUCCACAACCAAGCAAUGGA